AUGUCCGCCGGCCUCUUAAUUUCACUUCCGCUCCCCCUUCAACUUGCACUUGCGCUCGUUGCCUCCACCGCUGGUUAUGUAGCCUACAAGUGGUGGGACAAUUACUCGCGUCUCCAGAACAUUCCCGUACCCGACGGUGCCUCCAAAAUCUGGGGUCACGAAUGGCUCGAGUUUGAAGACGACUGUGGCUCCCAAUGGCGUCAAUGGAUCACUCGUUUCGGUCCCAAUUUUAAGAUCAAGGGUGCUUGGGGUCAUCAUGACAUACUCUGUGUCACUGACCCAAAGGCCAUUGACCGCAUUCUUUGCAAGGUCCGACUUUUUCCCAGACUUUCGACAUCGCAUCAACGGCCUUUGCAGAAUGCGUACAACUACCCUCAUUCAGCUGUGUUUAGACCCAUUAUUGAGCGCCUCACUGGACGUGGUAUAGUCUGGGUCGAGGGCGAGCACGCUCACAAGCCUAUGCGCGCACUCCUCGCCCCUGCAUUUACGCUCGACCGCAUCCGCGCAAUGGGUCCCGACAUGUGGCUCGCAGUCAAUAAUGUCGUUUCUCGUCUGCAAUCUCAGAUCGAAUCCCAUGGUGGUGUCCGAGACGUCAACAUGCUCGACUGGACGGCCACUUCGACUCUCGACGUGAUUGGUCGUGUCGCAUUUGCACACGACUUUCAACAAGGUCAAAGCCCCGAGGCUCGCUCGAUUAUGGAAGGCUGGCGUAAGCAAGCCAAUCUCGGCAUGGUCUGGGAAGGUUUUCUUGCUCUCCUCGCACUUCAAUUCCCUUGGAUCGGCCAACUUCCUCUCCCCUCUAUCAAGGCUCAGAGCAACAUUAAAAACACGAUCAAGCCUUUCGCCAACAAGCUCAUUCAGCGAGGUGUUUCGGAUAUCGACAAUGGCCGAGAUCUCCUCUCGAUUCUUUGUGACAAGAAGCGCAUCUCUGACGACGAACUCCUUGACCAUAUCGUCACCUUUGUCAUCGCUGGCCAUGAGACCACCUCUGUCGUCCUCAACUUUACGCUCUACAUGCUCGCUCAGCACCCAGAAGUUCAACGCAAGUUGCGCGAAGAGGUCAUGAGCACCGAUAGGAAUCUACUUUCGACGAGCUUUGGUUUCCGACUCUUCCCUCCCUCUGCACGCAACGAAAAGGUGGCUGAAAAGGACGAUAUUCUUCCGCUCGCCACGCCCAUUGUCGGUACCGACGGUCGCCUUAUCCACGAGAUCCCGAUCAAGGCCGGUCAGGUUAUCCACAUCCCCGUUGUAGCUGUCAACCGAUUCUCUUCUGUCUGGGGUGAUGGCGAUAGCUUCCGUCCAGAGCGCUGGAUUGAGAAGAGCGGUACUCCAGACGGAAAGUUCUUGCCUGGUGCAUGGAGUGGUAUGCUCACCUUCCUUGUGGGCGCUCGAAGCUGCCUCGGCUACCGACUAGCCGUCUUUGAGAUGAAGAUUCUUAUCAUGGCCUUUAUCCGCGCGUUUGAAUUCGAAGUCAUUGAACCCAUCGAAUCGCGCAUGUCGGCCACAAUCCAACCUCGCGUGAUCAGCAGACCUGAGGAUGGAGCAUGCUUGCCCCUCCGUCUCCGUCCCGUCGUCGCUUAA